AUGUCUUCCCUGGCUGCACAUGACCAAGAGACUAAGAGGGGCAGUCACACUCUUUCAGCUGGAAGUAGUUACUACAGUUGUGUCAGCCAUAUCACAGUAGGUUAUGAUACUGCUGGACCAUUUGCAAUAGGUUUCUCUCAUUGGAAAAAUCCAUAUGCAUAUGGUGGUCCUCAUCUGCCUUUCUGCGUCUCUGAAGAUGCUGGCAUUCGUGUACAUCGAUCUUUUGAAGCACAGGUUGAUUUAUCAGCUCCUUUAUCCUGCCCAGCUUCACUGUCUAUCACUCCAGUGCCUUCCUGCAGCAGCAGCAGCCUGGAAACUCUGAGUCAAGAUUCCACGGGUAUAAGUUUAUCUAUUCAUGGGGCUGAAAAGCAUUUGCAAAUCUAUCAGAGGAGAAGUGCAAGAAGCCAUCCGCUAUCACAGCGUCUGCCUGUGGUUAGGCAUUCUUCACUCCCACAAGUCAGAAGGUCAAUAAUAAUGGAAGCCUCAUCUUUUGGAUCUAAUAUACCAGCAGUUACUAAUGGAAAACCAAAAAUCCAUCAUGCAGAAGGAACAGAGGACUUGCAAAGUAACCAGCUGGAAACGCAAAUUUCGAUAAAGCCAGACGUCCAGAGCAGAGAUGUGGACUUUUCAGAAAUUCUUAAUGCAAUACAAGAAAUAGCUAAGGACAUGAACAUUUAUUUUGAUGAGUUAGAAGGCGUAAACAGCCCUUCCAAAGAUGAUGACUCUCUUCUUCACCAUGGUAAUUUGACCAGUACUUCAGAUGAUGCCAGCAGAUUGGAAACAGCUGGAGAGGGAGUACCUGAUAAAAACAAAUCCAAUGGGCUAUAUUUUAGGGAUGGAAAAUGCCGGAUCGACUACAUUCUGGUGUACAGAAAAUCUAGCCCACUGACAGAAAAGAGAGAAGUAUUUGAAAGAAAUAUCAGAGCAGAAGGACUACAAAUGGAGAAAGAGUCAUCUUUAACGAACAGCGAUAUCAUCUUUGUGAAGUUGCACGCCCCGUGGGAGGUCCUGGGCAGAUAUGCAGAAGUAAUGAAUGUAAGAAUGCCUUUCAGGCCCUUUAACCCCUUCACUGCCGGAGCCCCCUGCAUACUCGUGCGCUGCUGUUUUUUAAAUGGACAUGUCCUUGAAAUCAAUAGGCAGUCGAGACGAUCCAGGAGAAAAAUCUAUUACCUGCACCGCCGGCACAAGUUCAUGAACAGGAUCGAGAGACAAAUCAGCAGGUUUCGAGGAUGGUUACCUAGAAAGCCUAUGAGACUGGACAAGGAGACACUGCCAGACCUCGAGGAGAAUGACUGCUAUACUGCCCCUUUCAGUCAGCAAAGGAUCCAUCACUUUAUUAUACACAACAAAGACACUUUUUUCAGCAAUGCUACAAGAAGUAGAAUAGUACACCAUAUUUUACAGAGAGUGAAAUACGAAGAAGGAAAAAACAAAAUUGGUCUGAAUCGAUUGCUUACUAAUGGCUCCUAUGAAGCUGCGUUUCCUCUUCAUGAGGGAAGCUACCGAAGUAAAAAUUCCAUAAGAAACCAUGGAGCAGAAAACCACAGACAUCUGCUUUAUGAGUGCUGGGCCUCAUGGGGCGUGUGGUAUAAAUACCAGCCCUUGGAUCUUGUACGACGGUAUUUUGGUGAGAAAAUUGGCUUGUACUUUGCCUGGUUAGGCUGGUACACAGGAAUGCUCUUCCCAGCUGCCUUCAUUGGAUUGUUUGUCUUUUUGUAUGGAGUCACAACACUGAACCACUGCCAAGUCAGUAAAGAAGUCUGUCAAGCUACAGAUAUUAUAAUGUGUCCAAUAUGUGAUAAAUACUGUCCCUUCGUGAGGUUGUCAGACAGCUGUGUUUAUGCCAAGGUAACUCACCUUUUUGACAAUGGAGCUACUGUCUUUUUUGCUGUUUUCAUGGCAGUGUGGGCAACCGUUUUCCUGGAGUUUUGGAAAAGACGACGAGCAGUAAUUGCUUAUGACUGGGACUUGAUAGACUGGGAAGAAGAAGAGGAAGAAAUACGCCCCCAGUUUGAAGCAAAGUACUCCAAGAAAGAACGGAUGAAUCCCAUAUCUGGAAAACCAGAGCCUUAUCAAGCAUUUGCAGAUAAAUGCAGCAGACUUAUUGUUUCUGCAUCUGGAAUAUUUUUUAUGAUCUGUGUGGUGAUUGCUGCUGUUUUUGGCAUUGUUAUUUACCGUGUUGUGACUGUCAGCACUUUUGCUGCCUUUAAGUGGGCUUUAAUCAGGAAUAACUCUCAGGUUGCAACUACAGGGACUGCAGUGUGCAUCAACUUUUGCAUCAUCAUGCUACUGAAUGUGUUGUAUGAAAAAGUUGCUCUUCUUCUGACAAAUUUAGAGCAGCCUCGAACUGAGUCUGAGUGGGAGAAUAGCUUCACUUUGAAAAUGUUUCUUUUCCAAUUUGUCAAUCUGAACAGCUCUACCUUUUAUAUAGCAUUCUUCUUGGGAAGAUUUACAGGACACCCUGGUGCCUACUUGAGGCUGAUAAACAGGUGGAGACUGGAAGAGUGCCACCCUAGUGGAUGCCUUAUUGAUCUCUGUAUGCAAAUGGGUAUUAUAAUGGUGCUAAAGCAGACCUGGAAUAAUUUCAUGGAACUGGGCUACCCGUUAAUUCAGAACUGGUGGACCAGGAGAAAAUUACAUCAAGAACAUGGCUCACAGAGAAAAACAAGCUUCCCACAGUGGGAAAAGGACUACAAUCUUCAGCCUAUGAAUGCUUAUGGACUCUUUGAUGAAUACCUAGAAAUGAUUCUUCAGUUUGGAUUCACAACCAUCUUUGUGGCAGCUUUUCCACUGGCACCACUUCUGGCCUUACUUAACAAUAUUAUUGAAAUCCGGCUUGAUGCAUACAAAUUUGUCACACAGUGGAGACGGCCAUUAGCCUCAAGAGCCAAAGAUAUAGGAAUCUGGUAUGGAAUUCUGGAAGGCAUUGGAAUUCUUUCUGUUAUCACAAAUGCAUUUGUUGUAGCUGUGACUUCAGAUUUCAUCCCUCGACUCGUUUAUGCUUACAAAUAUGGACCUUGUGCAGGCCAAGGAGAAGCUGGACAAAAGUGUAUGGUAGGCUAUGUUAAUGCCAGUCUAUCUGUAUUUCUGGUGUCUGACUUUGAAAACCGUUCGGAACCAACAUCUAAUGGAAGUGAAUUCUCUGGCUCACCAUUAAAAUAUUGCAGGUACAGAGACUAUCGAGACCCUCCUCAUUCCCCAGUGCCCUAUGGCUACACAUUGCAAUUCUGGCAUGUCUUAGCAGCACGGUUGGCUUUUAUUAUUGUAUUUGAGCACCUUGUCUUUUGCAUAAAGCACCUGAUUUCGUAUUUAAUCCCAGACCUUCCGAAAGAUCUGAGGGAUCGGAUGAGGAGAGAAAAGUACCUGAUUCAGGAAAUGAUGUAUGAAGCAGAACUAGAACGUCUUCAAAAAGAACGAAAGGAGAGGAAGAAAAAUGGAAAAUCUCAUCACAAUGAAUGGCCGUGACUAGAUGAUGGACUUGUGCUCUGUUGACUUAUCCCAGCUCUGCAAGAACACUACCUUGAAAAGAAUGAAAAAAUGCAACCUCAAUGCAUGCCACAGACAUUUUACAUAGCAAGCAAGACAGCACAUUUCAGAGGAUUUACCGUGAAAUCAUUUUGCAAUUCAGCAUAUGAUUGAUAUCCAUAGACCACUCUCAACAGAGCUAGCAUGUAUUUUAUGGGGAAAUACACUCAAGUUUUUAAAACCAAGGAAAAAUUGUAUACUGGGACUGUUUUUUCAGCCUGUUUGGUACGUUUUUUGCAUUCUGUCCCCUGCGUGUUUUACAGAACUUAGAAUAAUAAAUGUAAAUUAAAAACCAGGAUACUCUGACAAAAAAAUGCCCCAUAUUACAAUACCAUCUAUUUUCAAGCCACCAGAUAAGACAAAUGAAACCCUGUUUACAAAUGAGUUCUUUUUUUAUUUCAGAUCUUUGUGAGGGAACAUAUGUUAUAUACCAUAUAUAUAAUAUAUAUA